AUGCCGAACAACCCCUACCACAACUCGCGGCACGUCACGGACGUGACCCAGUGCAUGUACACGCUGCUCCUGGCGACGAAGGUCGCGCACCGCCUGGAGCCCAUCGAGCUCGCGGCGGCGUUCGUCGGCGCCAUCUGCCACGACCUCGACCAUCCGGGCCUGUCGAACACGUGGCAGAACAACGAGCAGACGGAGCUCGCGCGCAAGUACGACGGCGAGUCGCCGCUCGAGCACCACCACCUCGACGAGUUCGUCGCGUUGGCCGCCAAGUACGACCUCCUCGGCAACAUCGAGCCGGCGCAGGCGGCGCGCUUCAAGGAGAUCGUGACGGAGAUGAUCCUCGCGACGGACAUGGCGCGGCACGCGAAGCUCAUGGAGAAGAUCACCGCGAGCCUCACGGACAAGGCCUUCGACCCCAUGCACGACGAGGUGGGCAUCAACCUGCUGCUGGCCAUCGCGCUCAAGUGCUCCGACAUCAGCAACCAGGUGCGGCCCUGGACCGUGGCGAACCGCUGGAACGCCGUCGUCUACGAGGAGUUCUACGCCGAGGGCGACCUCGACCGCGCCAAGGGCCGCGCCGUCGCGCCGCUCCAGGACCGCACGUCCAACGACGUGAACAAGUCGAGCGUGGGCUUCAUCCGCUUCAUCGUCAAGCCCCUCUUCCAGAUCUACGCCGACAUCAUGAAGCGCUGCGCGGACCUCGACGACCGGUCGAUGGUCGACAGUCGCGCCGUCGAGGAGUGCCUCUACAUCCUCGACGACAACAUGCAGCGCUACGAGAACGCGCUGAACGGCAUGGACAACGAGAACACGGAGGCCCAGUUCGAGACGCUCGACGCCCUCGCGGACCAGGUCGGCGACGGCGGCGCCGCGGCGCCGAACUGUGUGGAAAUCAACCACUGGUUUGGGGGGUCCCCACCAAACUUCAGAACUCUCUAUCUCGGUCAAAUCGAAGUCGAUUCGGCUGAUUUUUGGACGAAUCGAUUGCUUUCAUCGAGUUCUCGAAGCACAGCAGAAAACCUCGCGUCGAAACGGUCGCAUACGCGCACAUUGAAGUCGGGUUGA